AUGACCACGACGUGUACGUUCAACCAUCCUUGCUCUUUGUUGUCGCUACUCCUGACAUUCGAACGUAGAUCGCGGCCAUUCCCCAUAGAUCCAGCCUAUGAAGAGGAAACCCACCAGCUCACCUUUAGGGCUGUGUUCGUCGGAUGCUUCCUUGGCGCUGUUGUUGGAGCCUCCAACAUCUAUCUAGGCCUUAAGACGGGCUUUACUUUCGGUCCCCAACUCUUCGGUGCUAUCUUCGGUUUUGCUAUUCUGAAACUCAUUGCCAGGAUAAUUCCCGAAUCGGGCCUUCUGGGUCGUUUCUUGGGGGGUCCGUUCGGUCCCAAGGAGAACUGUACGGUUCAGUCGGCUGCCACCGCUUCUGGAGGCCUUGGUAUCCUCUUUGUCGGCGCCAUUCCGGCCAUGUACCGCCUUAACCUUCUCUCGACGCUUCCCCAGCAAGAUAUUGGGAAGUUGAUCGCCCUGACUGUCUGCGCUGGCUUCUUUGGUGUUUUCUUUGUCAUUCCGUUGCGCAAAUAUUACAUCGUACACCAGAAGCUUACGUUCCCAACACCAGCCGCGACUGCAUAUACCAUUCGCUCCCUUCACAGCGGGAAGAGUGGUGCCAUCGCUGCCAAGAAAAAGUCCAUGGCGUUGAUGAUCUCCUUCGCAAUCAUCUUUGUGUACAAGGUCAUGACUGGAUAUGCGCCUGGUAUUAUCUUUGAUUGGCACAUCGGUUGGACUCUAUACCGUCUUGGCUUUACGAGUAUGAUAUCCCUGGAAAACUACGGCUGGUUUAUCGAAUUUACCCCUGCUUUCUUUGGUGCUGGUAUGCUCAGCGGCUUAAACGCCAGUUGGAGUUUCUUUGGCGGUUCUGUCCUGGCAUGGGGAAUCAUCUCACCUGCUCUUGUUAAGAAUGGUCUUGCGUUUGGUUCACCCAUUAGCGACGAAUUUCCCCUUAUUUCAUACCUCGGACUGUCCUUCAAAGAUCCCGAAAAAUACGUCAAUCACCCCUCUCCAAGAUACUGGCUCUUGUGGCCCGGUGUCUUGAUGAUGUUGCUUUACUCCUUUGCCGACGUUGUGCUCAGUUUAGGACCUAUCAUCAAGGUAAUCAGCUCUGACAUGAGUCGCACAGGCAUGAAGGGUACUAAGUUCAAUCCCAUAGCCAUGUUCCGGCAGCGCAAUGAGAUCGACCCCGAAGAUGAGGAUCAGACCCCGGCGGAGGAUCGUAUCCCUACGUUGUGGUGGACGACUGGUCUCGCAGCCAGUACCGUCAUGUCUGUUGCUAUCCUUGCCACCGAGUUCCACAUGAACGUCGGUGAAGCCAUCCUUGCUCUCAUCCUCGGAUUCAUUUUCUCCUUCAUCGCCGUGCAAUCCAGCGGUCACACUGAUCUCAACCCCGUCUCAACUGUUGCCAAGGCUUCUCAACUCAUCUUCGGAGGCAUCGGAAAAGGCACCGGCAUCGCAACUAACAACGCAAAGAUGCUGAACUUGGUGGGUGGUGUCGUCGCUGGUGGCUCUGCCGCCCAGUCGGCCGACAUGACCGGUGAUUUGAAGACGGGCUACCUCCUUCGCGCUAAACCCAAAAAUCAGUUCAUUGCUCAGUUGGCUGGCUCCGUUGUCGCCGUCUUCUUGACCACCGGACUGUUCAUUCUAUUCACAAAAGCCUCUCCUUGCAUCUUAUACCCACCCGAGGAUGGCGCUUGCACCUAUGGUGCUCCAUCAGUUUCCGCUUGGGCUGCUGUUGCCGUCGCAGUCACCAGCCCCAAGCUUCCGAUUCCCGCAUCGUCUGGGUACACGGCUAUUGCCCUCGGGAUCUUCAGCAUGGUCUCUCUUGCAGUCAAGCACUUCUUCAUUCCCAAGAAAUACUGGCACUGGGUCCCCAACUGGAACGCCGUUGGUCUUGCCUUUGUUGUACCCCAAGUGUACUACUCUAUUGCCAUGGCCGUUGGAUCUGUCUUCAACUACAUUUGGCUGUUGCGCAGCCCAGGAAGCUUCGAUAUGUACAUGUUCGCCAUCUCAGCUGGUCUUUUGGCAGGAGAAGGUCUAGGUGGUGUCUUCCAAGCCCUGUUGGCCGUCGCCGGUGUAGAUGGAGGUGUAUACGGCACCUCAAUUGGUUGUCCCGGGUUCGAAUUCUGCGGUUAG